AUGUCUGGGAAUCAAGAGAAGAGGAGGAAAACAGAACAGAAUGCUACUAAUCCACUUAAAAAAACAGAUGCUAAACCAUCAGCGACAGUGCCAAAUGAUACCAAUACAAAACCAAAGAAAUAUGCUGUGAAAUACCGCUUCGAGGAGUUGAAAAGAAAACAAUCCAAAUAUAUCGAAGAACCUGUUGUCCUGAGGUCAAUUCCACAAUCACAAGUCUUGAAUACAGCUUUUAGUAAGAAUCGUAGGGAUAUUGAUGCCCCUAAGAUUUUACAACCAGCACAUAAGGCCCUAAGAAAGGUACCAUCUUAUAAAUCGAAGACUAAAGAGACUAUGGAUGGAGUUAAAAAGGAAAAAGAAAUUGAUGACAUGUCAGACCAUGUUAUAUGGAAAUAUAGUCCCAUAUAUAAAGGGACCCCAGAAAGAUCGGCUAAUAGUUCCCCCGAUCGGGAUAAAGAAUACGUUCCAAACCUAUUGAAUCCACCCUCAACGCCAACAGUUUCCAAUAAGCUAAAAUCUGUACUUAAUUUCACAUAUUUAAAUGAUUCAAAUGAAAAUCUACAAUUGCCAACUGAAACAGCAGAGGAGAUGAGCGAUAUUCAAAAAUCGAAACAAAAUGAUAAAAACUCGUCGAAAGACUUACUUCGAAAUAUAGACGACAUCCUCACGGAAAUGAGAGGGGAUACAGAUCUUCGAUUAAAUGCCGGAAGGAUCAAUGGAUUACCAUCAUCUCCAGGGACUGUAGGCCAUCCUGACACAUUAUUAUUAGAAAAUACCAUGACAAAGAUUGAGCAAUCAAAAAAUCAACCAACUGACGAAAGUAUACAACACUACUCAAAAGAUCUGCUGAAGGAUGAAGAAAAUGCCAGAACCGAUGUUAAAAAAAUAUUAGACUCAGAUAACACAACCAAAAGUACAGUUAAACAAACACUGAAUGAUGCAAUUAUUUCAAUGACUCAACAAAAAAUAUCUGAAGAAAAAUCUAAUGUAAAACCGCUUAUUGAUGUACAUACAGACGGAAACAACAUAAAUGAAUUGGAUGACGAUGACGACGACGACAUAUUAUUUGACAUUAUUUCUCAACAAAAGCCUAAUGCAAAAUAUGAUUUAAAACCACUACCAAAUGAACAAUCUUCUUUAGAGAGUGACGAAAUGCUGGAUGAUUCACUUCUCGGUAUAUUUGAUGAAUUGGAACAAAAUUCCCAGGUUCCCAAAACGAAACCUGAUACUGAUGAAACUAACACAAUCCCACCAAUGAUCCACCCAAAUAGCGAUAACAGUAAAAUGAUUACAGAAUAUUCUGAAAGGGCCAAAUGUGCUAAAGAGAAGAAAGGAAUAUGUAGAUUGGUUGUUCUCUCCAUACGUGAAAUGACACUUCCAAAAAUUGGUAUUCAAAAAAUUCUAACAUGUGUAGAUAGCAAAGGUUCUAAAGUGCCUGUAAUUUUGCGUAAUCCAUGGGUAUACCUAGAUAUCUAUGAGGGUGAUAUUAUCCACAUCAUAGAGGGCAAGAAUUUUGCAAAUAAACGGUUACUAUCACAGGAUAAAGACCCUCAAACUCUUCUCGAAAAUGAUAAUCUAUUGAUUGUCCAUCCUGACAUAUUACUUUCGGCUACUACUAUCGGGUCUUCUACGAAAUGUCUGAGAUGCAGUGUAAUCAAUAACUUGUUUCAAGACGUAAGAAACGAACAAAGUAUUAGUAUGACAAUAGGGAAUAUAGUGCAUGAGUUAUUACAAGACGCAUUCAGAUACAAGCUCACACAUCGAAAUAUCACAAUGGAUUAUUUUACAGAAAGAUUGGAUGAAUUAUUAGAGACAUAUUCUUUUGCUAUCAUAGUUUGCAACGAAGAUGUUCAGGAUGUGAAAAACACGAUCAUGGAAACACAUGUCCAAAAAAUAUUGAGUUUUGUCAACAAAUUUGUAUCUUCUGAUAACUAUAAGAGGUAUGUUCCCAUUGCCAACACUAAAAAAAGCCAAUCUAUUUCUCUUUCAGAUAUUAUUGAUAUCGAAGAAAAUAUAUGGUCCCCCUCAUUUGGGUUGAAGGGAUUUCUGGAUGUUACUGUCGAUGCAUAUGUAGAAAAAAUGCACGCCAUUGUUCCAUUAGAAAUAAAAACAGGUAAAUAUAAAAGUCAAGCUCAUGAGGUUCAAGGACUUAUAUAUACACUUCUUCUUAGCGACAGAUAUGACAUAUUUGAUGAUUUCUUCCUAUUAAUGUACACUUGGGAAGAAGGGAUGGUGAAACAUAGACGACUACCUGACCCAAUUAGACAUAUACUGAUGACAAGAAAUAAAAUUGCAAGUUCCUUAAAACAUCGUCUUUCUGAAAUAAAAAGCAGAGUGCAGACCCUAUUUCCUGUACCGACAGUUGAAGAGAAUCCCGCAAAUUGCACUCAUUGUUAUAAUAAGGUAAUAUCCAUGACUUUGUAUAAACUCGUAGAACAUGGAACUGCGGAAGGAAGCAGGAUCCCUAUGGAAGAAUACGACGAACUUACAAGCCAUUUACCAAAUGAUAUAAAAAAUUACAGAGAAUUUUUCUUAAAAUAUAACGACCUUGUGACAAAAGAAGAAUCUAGUGUUUGCGCUUCUAACCAGGAUAUGUUCCUAAUGACAGGAGAAGCCAGGGAGUCACACAAUGGUCAUUGCGUACACAGCUUACGAGUAUCUAGUAUUAAAAAAGACGAGGUAAUGGAUGGUCAAUAUUUAUAUCAAUUCAAGAGAUGUUAUAGUCCUACUCAACAGGUUUCUUCAAUAUUACAAUCGCAAAUAUCUCUUGAUGAUAGGAUAAUAGUGAGUGACGAAGAAGGACACUUUUCAAUAACUUCAGGGAAUGUCAUCGAAUUAACAGAGGAUUCAAUAACCAUCUCAACCAAACGAAAACUCCUAAAUAACAAAAUCUCAUCUGGACCAGAUCAUGAACCAAGAAUAGAAAGUGUGAUCGACCCUACUCUAAGGGAAUCUGAUAUCAUAUCGACACAAAAUGCAGUCACUUAUAGAAUUGAUAAAUAUGAUAUUCAACAACCUUUAUCUGGUGCAAGAUUCAAUAUUUUGAAUCUUUUCCUGCCUCCCAUUAAAAAGGGAACAUUCAUUCUUGACGAGAAGACAAGCGAACAAAGAUUCUUAAAAUUAUCUGAGGGUGGUGAUGAAAGAAUGAAAAAAUUCCUAGUCGACAAUAUAGCACCUCAGUUUUUGUCACUUAAGGAUAAGCCCUUACUUCAAAAUUAUCUUCCUGAGGAUUCCACAUUUAAUGAUGACCAACAUAAGGCUCUAGAUCUCUGCCUUAGAGCAAAAGAUUAUGCUCUAAUUCUUGGUAUGCCAGGUACAGGUAAAACUACAUUAAUCGCAGAGAUUAUCAAAAUAUUAGUCAAAAAUGGGAAGAAGAUAUUACUAUCAUCAUAUACACAUUCUGCUGUAGAUAAUAUCCUUUUGAAACUUAUCGAUACCGAUAUUAAAACUAUUCGAUUAGGUUCAAACGGAAAGAUACAUCCCGAAACUAGAAAGUAUAUGGUUGACUACACAUUAGCCAAGAGUUAUAAUGAAUUUUUGAAUAUGAUUAAUGAGACCUCAUUAGUGGCGACUACUUGCUUAGGUAUUAAUGACCUACUAUUUUCUUACAAAGAAAAGGAUUUCGAUUAUGUGAUUCUUGAUGAAGCUAGUCAAGUUUCUAUGCCUGUUGCAUUGGGACCUCUUCGUUUUGGUGAGAAAUUCAUAAUGGUUGGUGAUCAUAAUCAAUUACCACCAUUAGUGAAAAAUGAAAGUGCCAGACUUGAUGGACUCGAGGAUUCAUUGUUUAAGAUACUAAGUGAACGCCAUCCUGAAAGUAUGGCCGAAUUAACUUUACAAUAUCGUAUGUGUGGUGACAUUAUGAAAUUAUCCAAUUUCUUGAUAUAUGACGAUAAAUUAAAAUGUGGUACUGAACAAGUUAGCAAUCAACUAUUAGAUAUUCCAAACCUUCCACUUAUUUCAAAAUAUAAGUCGUCAACCAGCCAACAGGAUUGGCUUGUUGAUAUAAUGGACCCUCAAAGAAGAGUGCUCUUUGCAGAUUAUGAUAGGAAUACCGGUAUAAUUGAAAAUAUAGAAGGUGAUAACAUUAUUAAUAAUGGUGAAUGUACAUUAAUUGGUCAAAUGGUGGAUGGCCUUAUUUUAUCCGGUGUACCAUGCAAUAGGAUUGGUGUUAUGACGCUUUAUAGAGCUCAAUUAAGAUUAUUAAAGCGAACAUUUAAAGAAGUCAAAUAUCAUGGGUUAGAGGUUUUAACCGCAGAUCAAUUCCAAGGUAGAGAUAAAGAUUGUAUUUUAAUCUCUAUGGUGAGAAGUAAUGAUGAUCUAAAAGGUGGCUCUUUGUUGAAAGAAGUAAGAAGGGUCAAUGUUGCAAUGACAAGAGCAAAAUCCAAAUUAAUUAUAUUGGGAUCCAAGGAUACGAUUAGCUCUAUCGGUGGUAUAAAAGAAUUUAUUGGUAUGCUACAGACUAAUGGAUGGAUAUACAAAUUACCUGCUGAUUGUCUGAAGACCUACAAUUUUGAGAAUAUACCUGAGAAAUUAUAUACAGUCUAA